AGGGACGAGGCUUGGCUUGAACCUCUAAAAUGCAGGUCUCUAGCUCCAGGUCUGUACACUUGAGUGAAUGGCAGAAGAAUUACUUUGCCGUUACGUCUGGCACGUGUACGUCAGGAGAGAAGGCAGACGCGUACCGAGCACAGAUUCUCCGCGUUCAGUACGCGUGGGCAAACUCUGAGGUCUCCCAGGUGUGUGCUGGCAGACUGUUCAGGAUAUAUGCGGAGAAGUACUCUGCAGUUACUGACUCCGACAGUGCGGAAACCGGCUUGAAUAACUAUGCAGAAAACAUUUUAACUCUAGCAAGGUCUCGGCAAACUGACAGUGACAAGUGGAAGUCUGGAUUGUCAAUAAAUAAUGUGUUCAAAAUGAGUAAUGUUCAGGAGAUGAUGCACGCUGGCAGAAAAUCCAGAGACUCUCUUUUGGCACCCGUUGAUGAGUCAGUAGUCAUCCAUAAAGUGGGCGCUGUCUCUGAUCUUCCUAAAUUGAGUGUUUGUGGUGGUUCUGGGGAGAGUGACCCAUUAACUAACUCAGCCCAUGGUGCCGAUAGGACCAAAGACUUCCCAGAGGGCAGUCCUUCUUUGAAGUGCCCGCAGAAUGCCCAGCCACCUCUGGUCACUGACACCACUAAGCCGUGUCCUACAGUCUCAGGACCUUUCGGUGAGUCAGCCACUGCAAAAUUCCAUGCCACACCAUUAUUUGGAAAUGUCAAAAAGGAAAAUUACAACUUCCCGAAAGCCAACAUAGGACUAAAUGUGUUCUCAUCUAAUCAGUCUUGUUUUCCUUCUGGCUUUGAAAAUCCACGGGAAAUGAAAGCUUUUUAUGGUUCUGGCACCAUUGAUGCACUUUCCACUCCAGUAAUGAAUAAGGCUUUUAGUAAAACAGAAGAUAAUGGCCAAAGAGAGGAGAGCAGCCUGCCUACUUUUAAAACUGCAAAAGAACAGCUAUGGGUAGAUCAGCAGAAAAAGUACCACCAGCCCCAGCGUGCAUCAGGGUCUUCACAUGGUGGUGUCAAAAAGUCUCUGGGAGCUAGUAGAUCCCGAGGGAUAUUUGGAAAGUUUGUUCCCCCCGUACCUAAGCAAGAUGGGGGAGGUCAGGGCGGGGGGACACAGUAUAAGCCUCAUGGCGCAGGAGCUGCAGACCCAGCACAUCCUGUGGAUGAGCGUCUGAAGAACUUGGAGCCCAAAAUGAUUGAACUUAUUAUGCAUGAGAUUAUGGAUCAGGGACCGCCAGUGAAUUGGGAAGAUAUCGCAGGAGUGGAAUUUGCCAAAACCACAAUAAAGGAGAUAGUUGUGUGGCCCAUGAUGCGGCCAGACAUCUUCACUGGCUUACGAGGACCCCCUAAAGGAAUUCUGCUCUUUGGUCCUCCUGGGACUGGUAAAACUCUGAUUGGCAAGUGCAUCGCUAGUCAGUCUGGGGCAACAUUCUUUAGUAUCUCUGCUUCCUCCUUGACUUCUAAGUGGGUGGGCGAGGGGGAGAAAAUGGUCCGUGCACUGUUUGCUGUUGCACGAUGUCAGCAACCGGCUGUGAUAUUUAUUGAUGAAAUUGAUUCCCUGUUAUCUCAGCGGGGAGAUGGUGAGCAUGAAUCUUCUAGAAGGAUGAAAACCGAGUUCCUAGUUCAGUUGGAUGGAGCAGCCACAUCUUCUGAAGAUCGUAUUCUAGUGGUAGGAGCAACCAAUCGGCCACAGGAGAUUGACGAGGCUGCCCGGAGAAGGUUGGUGAAAAGGCUGUAUAUUCCCCUCCCAGAGGCUUCAGCCAGGAAACAGAUAGUCGUUAAUCUGAUGUCCGAGGAGCACUGCUGCCUCAGUGAGGAGGAGGUCGACCUGGUGGUGCAGCACUCUGGUGGGUUCUCGGGGGCUGACAUGACGCAGCUCUGCAGGGAGGCGUCUCUGGGUCCUAUUCGCAGUUUACAGGCUGCCGACAUUGCCACGGUAACGCCGGAUCAAGUUCGACCAAUAGCUUACAGUGACUUUGAAGAUGCCUUCAGAACUGUGCGACCUAGUGUGUCUCCAGAAGAUUUAGAGCUUUAUGAAAACUGGAACAGGACUUUUGGUUGUGGAAAGUAAAUGGGACGCUUGAAAUUAAAAGAUGGCAUCUUUGUAGCCCAGUCUUCCCAUUUUUUUAGCA